ACAAGUUACGAAACGAAAAGCAGGCUGACGAGUUGGAUGAGAGUGAUGAAUAUCACAACGCCAAUACCAACACCACCACCAACAACAUUAUCAACAACAUUAACAAAUCCCCUUAUCAAUGGAAUCCUCGAUUUUCUUCUUCAUCUCUACCUUCCCUUUUCGCACCCCAUCACUACCCUCUUCAUCAUCCUUCCCAUUUUCCCCACAACCAUUCCUUAUUUUUCCCUUCCUUAUUCGCUCCCCAGAUCGUUCUUUCCCACCAUCACGCCGAUUUCAGGAACAUGUUUGGAGGUAAUAAUGCCAAUUCUCUGCUUCCGAUUUCCCAUGGAGAAAACCGUUUACCGGGUGAAGUCAAUCCGUUGCCUCAGCUUCAGUUGUUUGGAGAUUAUCAAGUCAGAAGCAUUGGAGGCCCCUUAAAUUACAUGGGAAAUGAGCACACAGCUAUUUUUGAGAGGCCUGCUAAAGGAAGCAGGGAAGGAGAAUCCUUUAACAGACAACAAAAGCAUCAAUUAUAUUUAAAUAAUAAUUUUCUUCACUAUGAAGCUGGUCAACUUGGAAUGAAUUUGGAUCCUAAUCUUCUGUCAAUUGGACUGAAAGUUUCUCAUGAGGAAGAAGAAUGUAACUCUUCUGUCAAGCAUGCAAGUGAUCAGAAGACAUCUGUCCUCCCUCUUAUGUUGUCUCUAGGUGACAGUCUUAAGGCUGAGAUUGAUCGACAGAAAGCAGAAUUUGAUCAGCACAUCAGACUUAUGGAAGAGAAUAUGAUAAAGGAAAUGAGGGAAGUGGGACAUAGACACACAGUUGCUUUAUUAAGUGCCAUAGAAACAGGAAUCGGUAGGAAACUACAUGAAAAAGAACUUGAACUACAGAACAUGAAUCGCAAGAACAAUGAACUAGCAGAAAGAAUAAAGCAAAUCAGCACAGAAGUUCAUUCCUGGCAAUGCAGAGCAAAGUAUAAUGAGUCCUUAGUUAAUGCUUUGAAAAGCAAUCUGAAGCAGGUAAUGACACAGGGUAUUAAUCAUUGGAAGGAAGGCUGUGGAGAUAGCGAGGUAGAUAAUACACCCUCAAACGCUAAUCAAAACCAUAUGAACGUCAUGGGAGCAAACUCAAUAUCCUUUGAAAGCCAGAUGACUUGCACAGCUUGCAAAUCAAAGGAAGCCUCUAUGUUAUUAUUGCCAUGUAGACACUUGUGCCUUUGUAAAGAUUGUGCAGGGUCCAUAGAUGUUUGCCCAAUUUGCCAUAUAAGGAAAGCUGCAGGCGUUGAAGUAUUUCUGUCUUAAACUAUAUGAUGCUAUCUUGUAUUGUCAUAUAGGGAAAUGCAUUUUGUUUAAAUUAUGGUGCUAUGGUGGUGCUGAGUUUUGCGUUUGAAUAUAUUAGUGAGUUUGAACCCAUGGAGGUGCCAUGCCUUUUUACUAGAAAGGCCUGUCAGAACUAUUCUAAUUACUUAAGUAUUUCAAUUAUUA